GGCGAGUUCAUUUCACCGCCAGUGUUUGUACAUUUUAGACCAUUCAAUUGAAACAUUCACCCACGGAAACGCAAAACAAACCCGCCCAAUGCUUUCUGUUCUUGCUGUUAGGGUGGCCAGAAGGGUUAUUUCUUCCCCCUUCGAUAUAGUUUGAGAAUAAAUUAAACCAAAUGAUCACUGUUUCCUAUAACUGUAUUGAACUAAUGAUAAAUAGAGAAGAUCGACAGCACAAUUCUCAUGGAGUGUAGGAAUGACGUCAGCAGCCGUUCUGAAUACAGCACGAGUACAAACCUCUUGACCGGAGCAAAAAUGCUGUCUAGCAUUUACCUAACUGGAGUUCUACGUGUCAUUCUGGUAUCGAUUAUUAGUUUAGGAGGAUUUGUGGUGCUGUUUUUAAUGCAUUACAGCUCAGCACCAUCUCUGUUCUGCCCUCCCCUGCCUGCUUUCCCACCGCAGUACUCAGAGAGACCCCGAGGACAGCACAACAGCUCCUUGGCUAAGACCCUACCAGACAAGCCCAUUAUGCUGUUGUGGUUCUGGCCUGAACACUACAGGUUUGACUUAAGCGAUUGCGCCACUCUCUUCAACAUUGAUAGCUGUCUCCUGACUGAUGACAGGUCUAUAUACAACAAGGCAGACGGGGUGCUCAUCUUUCACAAAUCCAUUAAGCAAGAUUUAUCCAACUUGCCUCGAUCACCCAGGCCACCAUUCCAGAAGUGGAUCUGGUUCCAUGUUGAAUCCCCUACAAACACAAACAGGCUAUCUGGUCUAGAGAACCUUUUCAAUUUGACCUUGAGUUACAGGCAGGACGCAGACAUCCCUAUUCGUUGGCGCUUGACCGCAAGAAAAGGCCAGGGGGAGGAUUUUGUGCUGCCCAAAAAAGAUAAAUUAGUUUGCUGGAUUGUGAGUAACAAUAACCCUGCCACUGGAUCAGGCCAAAGGUAUAACUAUUACAGAGAACUUGUCAAACACGUUAAGGUGGAAGUCUUUGGCAAGGCCUUUGGCCGUUUCUUGAAAUAUGAGGACUACUACGAUACCAUCUCCAGCUGUAAGUUUUACCUUUCCUUUGAGAACUCAGUCCACAGAGAUUACAUCACUGAGAAGCUAAACGGACCACUUGCAGCAGGAACUGUACCAGUAGUAUUGGGCCCACCUAGACAAAACUAUGAGGACUUUGUCCCAGGAGAUUCCUUCAUCCAUGUUAAUGACUUUCCAGAUGUGAAAGCCCUGGCAGAAUUCCUCCUGAAGUUAGACAAGGAUGAUGAGGCAUAUCUGCACUACUUUCAGUGGCGUGAACACUUUUCUGCUCAACGCCAUCUAAUUCAACAGUAUCAAGAGUUCACCCAUGCUAUUUGUUAUGCCUGUGACCAUGUGGGAACACAUAAGGAGUACAGAGUUGUUCACAAUCUUUACAAAUGGUAUUUUGGUUAAUAAGGAACUUACAAUGAUCUCUACAAAUAUUGGUGUUUUGAGCCCCACAUUUUCAGCACCCCCAAAAAAUAUGGGCUUCCCUGUUUUUUUUUGGCCAUUAAUAUGUGUCACAUGUCAGUUUGCAAACAAUGUCAAAAAUAUAUUGACUUAAUAAAGCUGCAUAAAAACAA